AUGUCGCUCCCCAUCGGUGCCAUGAAACGCAAGGCGGACGACCUGGAGGACUCCUCAGAUGAAGAGGAGCCCAUGCUGGGGCGCCAGGUGCUCCCGGUCGCGAACCUCCCGGACACCUUCGAUGGCGUGCCCAUGGAUGGAUUCCAGUAUCUGUUCACUGUGCGCCGGGACGCGCGGCUGCUCCCUCACGUCACGCGUGUCGCAAAUCCGUACGAACUGCCGGACGCCCCAACGCCCGACGCGGCGGCGACACCGGGCACAGGUACAGGGUCGGGCGGCGAGCCGAGCAAGGGGGACGUGCUGCCCUCCGAGGAAUGGCGCGAGACGUUCCUGCGGCGGUUCAAGAACUUCCGUAAGAAUUCCGUCCAACCCACUAUCCACAUUCACAUCCCUGAUUCUAGCGCGAAGCUCAUGCCGGACAAGAAGGAGCGCGACCUGUGGUGGGCGUUCCUCGCGGGGCGGCCGGAGAGUGAGUGGAACCCUCCCAAAAAGCCAAGGCAGCCAAAACCAUCGCGGUGGCAGCAGCGCAAUCAGAAGAGACAGCCAAUGAGCUUGCAGGAGGCGCAGGAAGAUACGCCUCUUCCAUAUGACAUGGGCGAAACCUGUCUGGCCGACCCAAUGCCGGAAGUCUUAGUUCCAUCGACAACGACUCUCCCAUCGUCCGUGGGGAUGACUGGUCAAGUAGGUAUCGACGAGCCUCUUCAGCAUCCCUCUGCAACGUCAGAUCCUGCGAUCAAAACGAGUGCCAGUGUCGAGGAUGGGGAGAUACCCCUCAUUUGCACACCUCGCGAGCCAACACCCGUCCUGCUGCAACAUAUAGACCACCGAUAUGCCAUGCAUCUCCUGAUGUACUUCGGCCAUUGGAUCCAUACGCGCAUCGAGGAAGGACACCUGCCUUAUACCGACAUCACUGAAGCUCAUGCGCGGUGGAUCUUUGCCCUCCUGUCUCGCGUGGACGACUGGAUAUCAGGCGAUGAAACGAGCCUCCUCCGAAAUCUUGCGCGAGGAUGUCUGGAGCUCAUGGUCGAACGACGUAAGCGUCCGGUGGCGGAGGAGUCGCCCGAGGAGCCGCCAGCGAUCGAUGAGAGGUCAUUUUGGUUGAUUGUUACAGUGAUCAUUGGUAUAUGGGGCCAAACUGAUUUAUGGACGGACGCGGAGAGCAUGCUGUCCAAGGUAGAAGCAGGGAUUGUCUAA